AUGUAAAAACAUCUGAUCUUUAUAUUUUUAUGGAUAAGGUAAUAAUAGCUUGUUAAUAUUAAAGAGUACUAAGCUAAUUUGAUGAAUUUCCAAAACACUUAUUUAAUAGCAAUUAAAAAUAGAAAAGAUUACUUUAAUCAGAAUGCCAUUAUUCCUGUUAAGAAUGUGACGGAUCUACUGAAUAAGAUUGUUUAUCUUGUAAUUCAGGAGUUGGCCGAUAUUAUGAUUCUAUAAAAAGAAUGUGUUUUUGUGAGAACAAUCUCUUUGAUGUUGGACUAUAAGAAUGCUAAACUUUCAAUGAUGCUGUUCCAUCUGGAGAAUUAAAUUAAGAAAACUAUCGAAAUGAGGGAUAUUGUAAAUUUGGACAAUUUUAGGUUAUGUUAGAAAACAAUACAAUCGUUUGUUUAAAUUGGUACUUAAUUAAUAUAUAUUCAGUCCAAAAUCAUUAAAUGGCAAUAUAAAUUGUUUAGACUGCUAUCUUUAUCCAGAUCUCUGGUAUAAGUAGCCUAGAUGCACUACUGAUUUUAUAAGACAUAAAGCAGAUGAAAAUUAUGGUUAUUUGAUGUAAUUAAGAAAAGAAAUUGAUUUUGAGACAUACUUUAUAACUGAAACAUUUUCUUUGAUAUCAAAUCUCUACUAUUAAUACCUAUGUUCAGAAUAAGAUUUGAUUCUAGGAGAAUUAGAUUGCAAAUUGAUGAAUUAAAAACAUUUAGAUAAGCAAAUAUAUGCAGUAUGUAAAGAUAAUUCCUUUUACAAUUCUAACUCUUGCAUUUUAUGCCCAAUGUUUUGUAAAAAGUGUAAUAAAAAUGAAUGCAUAGAUUGCAUUAAUCACUCAUACUUAUACAAUGGAGUAUGUUUUGAAUGUCCUUAAGAAUGUAAAGAAUGUGAAUACAAUUACGAAUUGAAUAUUGCAUAAUGCAAUUUAUGCUAUGAGUAAUUAUUACUGUUAAUUAGGUCUUCUGGAUUAGUUUAGGGAAAAUGCAUAGAGUGCGGAUUAAAUUGUGCUUCAUGCAUGUUUUGGAGAUUUUUUGAUGUAGAUUAUGGGGUUUGGGUAUAAUAUCUCAGAUGUAUUUAAUGUGUUGAUCCUUCUAAAUACUUUCUCUCGUUCAAUGGUCUUGAUUGUUUAGAAAACAUGCUUCAAAAUUGCUUAUAUGCAUAUCAAACAGAUGAUCUUUUCUAUUUUUAUAUGACAACUUAUGAUUAUAAAUUCAAGAGCUUUUCAGAUGUUAUAUCUGGAUGUGCUAGAUGCAAAGAAGGAUAUGAUGUCGAUACAAAAGGAAAUUGUGUUCCUUCAGAAAACGCAAACGAUCCUUGCUUGUUUAUUUACAGAAAUUACUAUGAUGAAAAUUAAUGUCUAAUAAGUAAUUAGCAAGGGAGUAUACAGAACAACCAAUGUUCUGAGAUCAUUUCAAAUUGUUAGAAAUGUAUUUUAGAGUCUUGGACUGAUAAAUUACUUUGUAUUCAAUGUCAACCUGGGUACUAUGCUCAUAGAUUAUUUGGUUAUUGCAUAUAAUGUCCUGAAGAAUUGAAUUGUUAAGAGUGCUAUCAAUAGUAAACUCUCUUUUAAGAUAGUUGGGUAGUAAAUAUCAGAAGCUUUUAUGAGGGUGCUAUUGAUGCUGUAUUUGUUUAAACAGAGAACACACUUCCAAAAACUUUUCGAACAUAUGCAUAAAGUUAGGAUGUCAGUGAUUAUGAGAUUUCGUGUGAAAUAUGUUUAGAUGGAUUUUAGCUUCAUAAUAAUAUCUGCAUUAUGAAAUGUUCUUAGGAUUGCUUAGAAUGUUAAAUUGAAAAUAAUCAAAACAUUUGCAUAAGAUGUUAAAAUGAUUAAUAUGGAAAUGUAUAAUCCUUAGUUAACAACAAAUGCCUGUCCUGCCCUUCAAACUGUGAAUUAUGCAUCCCAAGGAAUCCUGAAGAAAUUAAUAAUUUAAAUCCUUAUUUUCAAGAUUAAAAUUAUUAUAAUUUUGCUAAUCGAUGUGUUAAAAGCUCUAAUCAAUAAACAUUUGCUUAUAACCCUGACUAUGGAUAUUUUAUUAAUUGCGAAACUAAAGAUAAUAUAUGUUAAAAUGUUUUGGCCAUUACUCUAAAGUUGUAUUGCAAUCAAGAGUAAUAUAAUUAAGAUUUAGAACUUUCAUCUGACACUUUGGAAAAAAGGAACAAAUUUUUGAAAACCACAUUAUUAUUAGAUAAUCUUUUGAUUAAUUCAUUUUAAUAUUUCGAAACUGAUUGGUUUUACUCUUUAUUGAACAUAAAAUAAAUAAAAAUUCUUAAAAUAAUAAUUUAAACAUAUUUGAAAUAAGAUUGUUUUAUAAAAAAUAAAGUGAUUAUUGCUUAACUUUUUCGAAUACAUGUAUUUUCCUUAAGGUAAUAAGUAUAUUAUUAUUAGUUCUGUAAAUCUUGAAUUUAUUGGGACUCAGGAUACUAAUUUUUUUAUCUUUGACACUUUAGAGUUUCACAACUUUACAAGCAUAUCUUUUGAUGCAAUAAACUUUAGUUUCAUGAAAUCGCCUAUUAUAUAUCAAUAAAAUUUUAAGUUUAUAAGUGUUUUGCAAUAGACAAUACUAUUUAAAAAUUUAAAGAUUAUGCAGGAGACUAAUCAGAUUUAAGAUAUCAAUAUUUAAUUUAAAAACAUUGAAUUUAUUUAUAUUUUAUAUGUGUAAGUCUUAAAUCUAAAUUUGAAUUCUACAAAUGGAUUAUUUUAAUUUAUAUAACCAGAUUAAACCAAUACUGGGAUAAUUAAAUUUGAAAACUUAGAUAUUUAAUCAACCAAUUUAAUCAAUUCUACACUAGUAUCUUGUGAGAUUACCAACCCAUUUACGAUUUAUUUAUAAAACAUCUCGCUUGGUUUGAAUUUGGCAAAUUCGGAAUUUUUUGCAUCCAAAUAGGUGAUUAAUUUCGGAAAUUUAAUCAUAAAUAAAUUAGAACUUACUAAUUCAGUAAUUAAAAACUCUUCAUGCUUAAUUUAGGGAAAUUUUUUCAAGCUAAUUGAUAUAAAUUUUAUUACUUUACAAUAAAAUUAAUUUGAUAAUAGCAAUCUAUUGUCCUUGAACAAUAACAUUACAAUAUCGAAUUUAAAAAUAGAUAAUUGUGUUUUACUAAACAGUCAUUUAAUACUGAAUCAUUUAGCUGAAAAAAAUCAAGAAGAUAUUAUCUAUUUAUUUUAAUUCAGCAAUUUUGCAAUAAUAAAUAAUAAAUAUAAUGUAGGCACUAAGUACAUUACAAUCUAUCGUUAUACUUCUACUACUUCUAAGAUUAUUUUAGAUUAAUUAAAAAUGAAGAAUAAUUAAAUAAUUGACACUGAAGUGAAAAACCAAAAGAAAGAAUCAAGCGCCUCAAUUAUAUUCGAAAGUGAUGAUAUAUCUCUUAAAAAUUUUGAAAUAUUUAAAUUAAGAGGGAUACCUGAUUUUUCAAUAAUAAAUUCGCAAAGUUUAAAUAUAAAUGAUUUAUACAUCACUUCUUAGAUCAGCAAAGAAAAGUUGUUUUUAUAGAAAUCAUCAUCAUAAAUCAGCGAUUUAGGAAUAAUAUUUCAUAUUUAUUCAGUAAAAUUGAUUAAAUUUAUUGGUGUGCAAAUAGAAUCUCUAUUUCUUCAUAAUUACCCUAUUAUUUAUUAUGAAUAAGCAACAAAAACAUUAUUAAAUUAAGAUGGUUAAAUUGAAAUUUUGGAUUCAAAAUUUACAAAUAAUCUUUUAUUUUAAAGUAAUUCUUAAUUUAGUACUAACCUAAUUGAAAUUUUCUCUGGAUAAAAGGUAAUAAUUAAUGUCAUUAAUUCUACAUUUGAAAAUAAUACCAUCUAUUUUUAAACAUCAAGUACUGGUGAUUAAUCAGCUAACCUCUUAGAUAUUGAUUGCUCUGAAUGUUCAGUUAGUUUUAAGGAAUUAAACUUUUUAUCCAAUGUAGCGAUUAAUACAACUUCUUCAACGCUCUUUAUCAAGGCCGCCUAAAUCUCAAUCAGAUAGAGUGUCUUUAAUUAAAGUGGUUUUGUGAGUAAAUUUAUAAUAAGUUUCUUAAAACAAAUAUAAGUAGAUUAUGAUAAUAGUUUAUUUUAUUAAGGAUCUGGAAGUGGAGUCUAUUAAACUGAUACUAUGUAUGUAAAGGAUUGUAAAUUUUUGAAUCAAUAUGGCUCAAAAGGGGCAUCCAUGUUAUUUUCCACUUUAACCACAGGAUACUUAAGAAUUGAAAGUACUAUAAUUGAUACUUCCCAAAAUUACUUCCUCUAAAAAUACGAAAAAGGAGGUGUAAUUUUUGUAAGUUCUUCCACAGUCAAAUUUUAAUUGGAGAUCAUUAAUUGCUAGAUUUCAAAUGUUUAUUCAGUUUAAGGAGGGCUAAUAAUGAUAGAAAGUCCAUAAAACAGCAUUUAAAUUUUAAUCCAUAACUCAGAGAUAGUGAAUUCUUUCUCUUUGAUUGGAUCAUUAGUUUAUCUUAAUUUUGAAGAAUCAUAUGCUAAUACAUCUUUCCUACAACUUUAAAAUUUAAAAUUAUCAACCACAUUAGAAGGCUUUUCUAAGUAUUUUUCGUUGUUUUAUAACAAUAACAAUCUUAAUCUAUAAGAAAUAGAAGCAUUAGAGAAUUUCUUAAUUUUAUUGUAUGAGAGAUCUAUAAUAUUUUCUAAGUUAGGUAGAAUUUCAAUAACUAACCUUAUAAUUUCUGGACUAAUUAAUGAAAUCAUUAUUUAUGAUUAAUCUAUCAAAAUGCUACAAGUAAACUCGCUUUUUAUAAAAAAUUCAUCAAUAGCAAAUAAAGGCUUGAUAUAUGUUGUGCCAUAUUAAAGUACUAUUUAGAUAUUAAUUUUUAGAUUCAAAUUUUUCUAUUGAUAUAAAUUCUUUUCUGGUUGAAAAUCUGAUAACAAAUACAGAUGAAAUUCAAAAUUUAUAUUUAAAGUCUACAAAUAUAAGCAGAGAAAAUAUCUUAGGUAUUAUCAAUAUUAUAAAUAUCCAUAAAAAUGGGAAUAUAAAAUUUAGGAACAUAAAAUUUUAGAAUAAUUAUUGUUCUAGUUGUUUAGCAGGUCUAAUGAACUUUCAAUUUAAUACUUAUAAUAAUAAUAAUUUAAAUAUUUAUGAUAUAACUUUUAAAUAGAAUAAAUGUGGAUAACGAGGCUGCCUAAACAUAAUUUAGGAUAGCAUCUAUUAUUAUCAGAUCGAUUAUGAGGAUAAUAUGAGAUUAUUAGAAAGCGUAGAUGUAAAUAACAGCAUAAAUUAUGUGUUCAAAAUUUAAGAUUAUUAUUGCUAUUAAAACUAAGGGACUUUUGGAGUUUGCUUAUUUAUAUAGAAUUUAGCAGGUUAGAUCAAUGGAGCAAUAUUUGCUUAAAAUACAGCUAUAGUAUCAGGAGGUGCAGUUUAUUCAUUUGGAAAUAAAUCAAAUUUGCUUAUAAUGAAAGCUCAAAUAAUAGAAAAUAUUGCUGCUUUUGGAGGUGGUAUGACAAUUAGAAAUCAUUUUUCUCCAAAUUUAAUUUCGUAUGAAACCUUUUCCUUCGAAAAUUCUGCUCUUUAUUUUGGAAAUGAUUAUGCAGAGUAUCCAACUCAUGCUGUCAUUUAAAUAAAUAAUUACAAUCAAUUUCUAUAUAAAUAACAUUCUAUAAACACACAAUAAAACAAAGUUAGAAUAUACACUGCUACUUAAUUGAAAAAUGAAUCUGAAAUAAAAUGGAUUUCUUUACCAAGUGCAUAACAUCUAUAUUUAUAUGAAUAGUUUGACUGGCAGAAUAAUAAUUAUAUAAUGAUGAAUUAUACUUUAAGAUUAAUUCCAUAUGAUUAAAGGAAUAAUAGAAUAAAAAAUUUAACAUAUAGUAAAUGUACUAUUAAAGGAAGAUUAUAUGAUUUUAUGAAAAUAGAAGAAAGUGAAUAAAAGAGUUUUAGUAAUAAUUUUACAAAUUUAAAUGAAGUAGUGUAUGAUAAUUCAUUGGAAGAGUAUAAUUUUGAUCAUUUAAUUAUAUAUUUUGAUCCUGAUUUACCUGAAAAUAUAGUAUUAUAAUUUGAAUUUAAAUGUGAUUCAAUUAGAAUACCAAUUAUAAAUGAAGAUUCAUAAUUGGAUACAAUAAUGUAAUAAUCGGAAGAAUAUUAUUUAAGAUUGAAUAUUAAAACAUUACCUUGUUAAAUAGGAGAAUUAAAAAGUGAUGAAGAUUUCUCUUGUCAUCCUUGUGAUUAUACUUAAGAUUAUUAUUCAGUUAAUCUAAAUUCAAAUAAAUGUAAAAUUAGAGAUAAUAUAUAAAUGAUAGAAGUAAAGUCAGCGUAAAUUAAAUUAAGACCUGUAAAUUAUUUAAAUUUUAUUAUUUUUUAGAAUUUCUGGAGACCUUAUUUUUAUGCAGAUCUAGUUGAAAAUUGUUAUAAUUUUGAAUUUAAUUGUUUAGGAGGAUGGGAUUAUGGAGAUUAUUCAUGUUCUUUAGGUCAUAUUGGAGCAUUAUGUGAAUAAUGUGAUAUUUAUAAUACAAGAGGAGAUGGAUCAUAUUCAAUUAGUUAAAAAUAUAAAUGUGGCUCUUGUGAUAAUACUGAUUCAAAUACUUUAAUCAUUAUAGCCAUUUCAUUAUGGUACUUAUUAAACGUUAUAAUAGGACUCUUAUUUCUAUUUCGAUUUCUGUUAAAAGCACAGUAGAAAUUAUUAAAUAAUUAGCCAAAGCAUCCAAAUUAAAGUAGAUUGGUAUUAUGAUAAUAGUCACAAAAAACAAUGCUGUUAAUUUCAUUAAGAUUCUUACCAAUUAUCUUUAAAUUAUUGCAUCUAUUAGUACUUUUUAAUUGGAAUUGCCUUAAAAUAUGGAAUAUGCUAUGAAUUCUUUAGGAAAUCCAGUAGAAACAAUGGCAUAUUCUUUGGAUUGUUUUUUAAAAGAUAUGUUCGAAAGUAUUUCAAUUCAUUAUUCAAGAACAAUAUGGUAAUUAAUUAUGCCAAUUGUUUAUAUUCUAUUAUUUUUAUAAUUUUAUGGAGUAGGAGUAAUUCUUAAAUAUUUUGAUUUUAAUUGUUGUGUUAUUUCAACAUCAUUAAUAUAUAUGUUCAUAUAUUUCUAACCUAAUAUUAUUGCUGGAUAAAUUGGAUUGUUAUCUUAUAGAACAAUCUCAGGAUAUAAAUGGAUAUUAGGUAAUGUUGCUAAUAGAUAUGAUACAAAUGAUCAUUACAAAUGGUUACUAUCAUUCAGUUUUCCAGUUUUAUUUACUUUUGGUGUUUUAUUACCUGGAUUACUAUUUAAUAGACUUUAUAAAAUCAGAAAUACUUUAUAACAUAUGAAAAACAGAUUGAUUUGGGGUUAUUUGUAUAAUGAAUAUAAAGAAAUUGCAUAUUAUUGGGAAAUCAUUAAGAUAAUUUAGAAAGAAUUAAUUAUAAUUGUACUUACUUUUUAUCAAGAUUAAAUUAUAGUUAAAGCAGUUUUAGCUUAUGGGAUUAUCUUUAUAUACAAUUACUUAACUUUAUAAAUAUUUCCAUAUUAAUCUAUGUAACUUAACAUUUUAGAUCAUUAAUCAACUAGAGUUUGUGGUUUUUCUAUAGUUUUGGCAAUAGGAAUUUAUGGAUCUUUAUAAAGUGCCAUAAUCGAGGUUUAAAUUCCAUUUUAUAUUAUUAUGGCAAUCAUCAAUUUUCUAUUUUUGGCUAAGUUAAUCUUAUAAAUAAUCAAGGCUUAUUUUUAAUAAUUUGAACUUAUAAUUGAUAUAAUUAGAGAUUUCAUUAGAACUAAAAUCCCAUCACUAUAAUAAUAUCCUGUCUUUUAAAAAUUAUUAAAAAAUUAACAAUAAACUCGAUUAAGAGCUUAAAAGAAUUUUAGAAAAAUCAAAGCCUCUGUUAUAUUAUUGUCAAGAUAAAUUCUUUAAAAUAAAAAAGUCAACAAUACUUAAGAAAGAAAAGGAACUUUCGUUUUUGAAACUAAGUUAACACUUAAUUAAUUAGAAACAUAGCAAAAUCAGUAACGUUCAUCAUUAGUAGAAGAUAACAAAAAAAUUUAAUUAAUAGGGUUAAAUGUUAAUUGA